AUGUUGAAGCCGUCGUCAGGGGGCGCUUGACAACGGCUCUUCGUUCCCAGGGUUCCGUGAGAGCCGUUUGCCCCACCCCACCUCUUCAACGCUAUCUGUCUCAAUGUUCAAUUCUCAGAGAAAAAAGGGGGCACAAAUAAUUCAGAGUAACACCGCAAAGAAACGAUUCUCAUCUCCACGACCGGUUCAUCGGAAGCAGACGCGGCCUGUCGGCGGUAAAAAAACAAAAACAAAAACAAAACAACAUCAACAACAGCAAAACAAAACACUAAAUGUCUCGCCGUUGGAUCUGUGAUUGAAAACACCGCGGUAUGUUCAUGUAUCACGCACAUGUAACCAUAAUCUACCAUACGGAUUCAAAGGGAAUACAGAAAGCGGAGAGACUUGACAGCGGGCUGUACCUGCGCCAAACGGGAAAAUAACGGAGGAUCUUUUUUUUUCUUCAUAUCACCUGGAUAUUGCGUUUAUAUUCAAGGACAUCCAACUGCCCCCCCUCCAAAAAAAAAACCGCCUUUUGCUCGCACGGAGAAGCUUACCGAUGUGAGGAGAAAUACAAAUUAACGUUACAGAGAGAGAGAGAGAGAGAAAAGGACGGAGAAGGGGCCUUUCUCUCUUUUUUUUUUCUUUUCUUUUUUUUGGGGGGGUCUGGUGAAAACCUUCCGAAAAAAGAAAGCAAGCAAGCAAGCACCAGCAUCUGUUGACGAGAGAGGGAGAGGAAAUAAUUUUGACAUCGGCUUCAAAAAAAAAAAAGAAAAAGAAAAAACAGGAUAUUAUUAAUAAGGUUGCUAAACAUCAACGACGACAGGAGAAAGAAAGAAAGAAAAAAAAACUGGUGUAUAAUGUGACGGAUUUGAAAGACGGUUUGUGAUAGAGAAAGAAGCCCCGGUGUACAGAAAAAAAAAGCCUGAUGAUUCACAUGCCGUCAUUUUAAGAGGAAAUAUUUAUUUUUUAUUUUUUUUUCCUCUAUUUGUUGGUUAGUGGAGAAGAAACAGCAACCAUUAAAAAUAAAUAUCUCUCUCUAUAUAUAUAUAUUAAUUAAUAUAAUAAAACUAAGGGGGAAAUAGGGCUUUGGUUGUGAGUGGAAAUGAAUUGAAUGGCAGUGUGAGAGAUAUCUGCCCAAGAUGGGCUCCGGAGGAGACAUUUGCUAAGAGAAUUAAACAUAAUAACGUGACUAUACAUAUUUUAAAAGAAAGAAAAGCUCGUGUUUUUGGGAUAAGGAAACACCUCGAAGGAAACCGAAGCACCGACGUUCAUUCAUGUACACCGCAAGGCUGGAGAUCUCACAUCCACUCUCGUAUCAAUGUUGAUGACUUCAUUGCGGAUUUACAGUGAAAAACACAAGAAUCAAGCGUCUGAGAGGGCGGCAUCGUUUCCCUGCUCCUUUUCCUUUUUUUAUUUUUAUUUUUUUGUCAUUUUGGAGUGAUCUCUUGUUGUUGAUUUGCCAGUAAAUAGCCACAUCCAUCCAUACGUAUCGUGCCAAAGCCUGGUGGAGCUCUACUACCUAACAUCUGUUUCAUCUGGCGACAUAAAUGUCACCCAUUUUGAGCCAGGUGUUCCUCUGUUGGGCCAGUCUAGGAAUUUAGGAUUGAUUGAUUUUUUUUUUUCUUCUUCUGAUCAACACCCCCCCCUUCUGAUUUCUGAUCCCCUACAACCCACCCACCUACCCAUUCAUCCACCCACCCUGCCUUCCCCCCCUUGAACCUAUCACUUGGGUUUUUGGGAAGAUGGGCUGUCUUGGCAAUAGUAAGACCGAAGACCAGCGAAAUGAGGAGAAGGCACAGAGGGAAGCCAACAAAAAGAUAGAGAAGCAGCUCCAAAAAGACAAACAGAUAUACCGGGCAACUCACCGGCUACUACUAUUGGGGGCCGGUGAAUCCGGGAAAAGCACGAUAGUCAAACAGAUGCGAAUAUUGCACGUAAAUGGCUUCAACGCAGAGGAGAAAAAGCAGAAAAUUCAUGAUAUUAAAAACAACAUUAAAGAAGCUAUAGAGACGAUUGUGGCUGCCAUGACUACACUCACACCGCCAUGCCAGUUAGCCAGUCCUGCAAACCAAUGCCGAAUCGAUUAUGUCCUGAACCAAGUACACCAGAAGGAUUUUGAGUUUCCUUCGGAGUUUUAUGACCAUGCAAAGAUCCUCUGGCAGGACGAGGGUGUGCGGGCCUGCUGGGAAAGGUCCAAUGAAUAUCAGCUCAUUGACUGCGCACAGUACUUCUUAGACAGGGUUGAGGUGGUCAGGCAGCAUGACUACACACCCACCGAUCAGGACCUGUUGAGAUGCAGAGUACUGACAUCUGGGAUCUUCGAGACAAAAUUUCAAAUAGACAAAGUCAAUUUCCAUAUGUUCGAUGUUGGAGGUCAGAGGGAUGAACGUCGAAAAUGGAUCCAGUGUUUUAACGAUGUGACAGCUAUCAUCUUUGUGGUGGCGAGUAGCAGCUACAACAUGGUGAUCAGAGAAGACAAUCAGACCAACAGACUACAGGAAGCCCUCAACCUUUUCAAGAACAUUUGGAACAACAGGUGGCUACGGACCAUUUCGGUAAUCCUUUUCCUGAACAAACAGGACCUGCUCGCUGAGAAGGUUUUGGCAGGGAAAUCUAAAAUUGAGGAGUACUUCCCGGAGUUUGCACGCUACACUACACCUGAUGAUGCAAUACCAGAACCAGGUGAAGAUCCCCGCGUCACAAGGGCAAAGUACUUCAUCCGGGAUGAGUUCCUGAGGAUCAGCACAGCCAGUGGGGAUGGACGGCAUUACUGUUACCCCCACUUCACCUGCGCGGUCGACACAGAAAACAUCCGCCGCGUCUUCAAUGACUGUCGCGACAUCAUACAGAGGAUGCACCUACGGCAGUACGAGCUCUUGUGAUGGGCAGCGGCGUCCGGUCUACUUAUCUACCUACCAACCUACCUAUCUACCCCCCGCCUCCCACACCCCUCCACGAUCAGUUAGCCAAUCACCCCCUCCACUUCCACCAACUUCACCAAACAACUGAGCGAACGAGCGAGCAACUGACCGCCUGCCCUCCCCUCCAUCCCUUAUACAACUCCUACUUCUCCCAGUAACACGAUUUCAGAAAAAAACAGAACAGUGGAAAGACUUUUUUUUUUUUAUUAAAAAAAAAAAAAAGGCAAACACAGUUAAGGAUACACCGACAACAGUUUCAUCAACUAUUAGCCAGGACUGACUGCUGUACUCAGCCACACUUUGACCCACGAAAGAGAGUCAAGACUGGAAUCCCUCAGUGCAGGCUAUCCCUCCUUUUAACUCUCUUUCUCUCUCUCAGAUAUAUGAAAAAACACACAUACACACUGGCAGGUACACACACACACUACAGCAUAAGACAUCUAGAACCCUUAGAUAGGUUUUAAUAAUGUUUUAAACAGCCUCACACACACACAGACCCAUUUAAAAACCGAGUCCUCCUGCUUUUAACAGUUGGCAGAGGCUGAAUUGAAUAAUGCAUUCUGAGAGAGAGGAGUUUAUUCACCGCGUGCUGAAGCCGAAGGAGGAGGAGAACAAGAGAACGAUGGACAUGGAGGGUGGCAAACUGAUACAGAGGAGGGCUGUGAGCCUUUUUUUUUCGUGCCCCGAACAGACAGACUAAUUGACUAGCAGCUGCCUGUGGACGUGAGCGUGACCCGAACAUAAGACCACACGGCUCACAUGACCUGCUCUUCAAGACACCAGUCGAAAACAAUAAAAAAAAAA